UCGCAGAUUGGAUCGCUGAGGGAGUAUUAUUUGUUUGCGGACAAACGACUGCACAAGAGGUCUUUGUCGAGCAGCGAGUCGCAUCACAGAACUCUGAGGGAUGAGCCACGGGUGCUGUGGUUCCAACAGCAGCAUGAGAAAACCCGAAAGAAGAGAGACUUCGUGCACACGUCGUUCGCAUUCCGCGAUUAUCCGACGUUUUUCGACGGGUUCGUUCCUCGUACCAGGCAGGACACGUACCACCGGCAGAAAUAUAGGGAGAUACCCUUCCAGAACCUGUUCACGGAUCCGCUCUUUAAGGAACAGUGGUACCUGAACGGCGGCGCGAAGGAUGGCUACGACAUGAAUCUUGACCCGGCCUGGCAGAAGGGCUAUACGGGCAAGGGUGUUGUCGUGUCGAUCCUGGACGACGGCAUACAAACGAAUCAUCCUGAUCUGGCACUGAAUUACGACCACCAAGCCAGCUGGGACAUCAACGACAACGACAACGACCCGAUGCCAAGGGACAACGGCGACAACAAGCACGGGACCCGGUGCGCCGGCGAGGUCGCUGCAGUUGCAUUCAACCAAUACUGCGGUGUCGGCGUCGCGUACAACGCCAGCAUCGGCGGCGUGCGAAUGCUCGAUGGCCCGGUAAACGACGCCGUCGAAGCCAGGGCACUGGGAUUGAAUCCUGAUCACAUCGAUAUAUACAGCGCUUCUUGGGGCCCCGAGGACGACGGUAAAACUGUCGAUGGCCCCGGACCUCUUGCCAGGAGAGCCUUUAUUUACGGCGUAACCAGCGGCCGCAAAGGCAAGGGUUCUAUCUUCGUGUGGGCGUCGGGGAACGGCGGUCGUCACACGGACUCCUGCAAUUGUGACGGCUACACGAACAGCAUCUUCACGCUGUCGAUAUCGAGCGCGACGCAGGGCGGCUACAAGCCGUGGUACCUCGAGGAAUGCAGCUCGACGCUGGCCUCCACCUACUCCUCAGGGACGCCAGGCAACGACAAGAGCGUCGCGACGGUGGACAUGGACGCGAAGCUGCGGCCGGAUCAUAUUUGCACCGUCGAGCACACCGGGACCUCCGCGUCCGCCCCGUUGGCCGCCGGGAUCGUCGCGCUGGCACUCGAGGCGAACCCGAACCUCACCUGGCGGGACAUGCAGUAUCUUGUGGUGCGCACCUCCAGGUCCGGGCCCCUCGAGAAGGAGCCCGGUUGGAUCCUCAACGGGGUGAAGCGGAAGGUGUCCCACAAAUUCGGUUAUGGGCUGAUGGACGCCGGCGCCAUGGUCAGCCUGGCCGAGCAGUGGAUCAACGUACCGCCCCAGCACAUCUGCAAGUCCGACGAGAUCAACGAGGAGAGACGCAUCGAUCCGACCUACGGCUACACGCUCAGCGUGUACAUGGACGUCACCGGCUGCUCCGGCUCCUUGAACGAGGUCCGCUUCCUCGAACACGUGCAGUGCAAGGUUUCAUUAAGAUUCUUCCCGCGAGGGAAUUUGAGGUUGCUGUUGACCUCGCCGAUGGGAACUACGUCGACGUUACUGUUCGAGAGACCACGGGACGUCCUCAGCGCCAACUUCGACGACUGGCCGUUCCUCAGCGUCCACUUCUGGGGUGAGAAAGCGGAUGGCAGGUGGACCCUGCAGAUCAUCAACGCCGGAAACCGACACGUCAACUCGCCAGGGAUCCUGAAGAAGUGGCAGCUGAUCUUCUAUGGAACAGCGAAGAACCCGAUCCGCACACGACAAUUUAACCCGGUACACGCCCAAUCUUCGUACGCCUCCGAGCAUUAUCCAUUCCAAGUAGCCGAUGCUCCAUUAUCGCUGGGCCAUCGCGGCGACGUCGACUUCUUUCCUCCGUCUACCUUUCAGGGCUACCAGGGCCCGUACGUCGGCGCCGGUUCCAGCGUCCAGGCGUCCGUGGCUACUCUGGACGGCUCCUCGGCACCUAUCCUGACUAAUCGGCUUCCCGGGGACACGUCCUCUGCGUUCGAGUCGCCAUCGUCCUCGUCACAAGUCGGCGACGACUCGCUGGACUCCACCAAAAAGAUCUUGCACGACUGCGAUCCUCAGUGCGACCCCCAGGGAUGUUACGGGAAAGGGCCGAUCCAGUGUAUUGCUUGUAAAAAUUACCGGCUCGACAACACCUGCGUGAGCCGAUGCCCGCCGAGAAGCUUUCCCAAUCAAGGUGGAGUCUGCUGGCCGUGUCACGAAUCCUGCGAGAUCUGCGCCGGAGCUGGACAGGACUCUUGCCUCUCCUGCGCACCUGCUCAUCUCCGUGUCACCGACCUGGCCGUUUGUCUGCAACAGUGUCCCGAAGGAUAUUACGAGAACACGGAGAACAGUACCUGCGUGCCCUGCGAGGCGAACUGCGCUAGCUGCCAGGACAGGCCGGACAAGUGCACCAGUUGCGAGCAUCACCUGGUAAUGUUCGAAAAUAAGUGUUACGCGGCCUGUCCCCUGUACACCUACGAGACGCAGGAUUACAACUGCGCGCCCUGCCACACAUCCUGUGAAACCUGCAACGGCACCGCCGGCCACCAAUGCAUCUCCUGCCGAGCCGGAUUGUUUUCUCUGAACGGAACCUGUCGAGCCUCGUGUCCGUCAGGAUUCAGCGCGGACAAGAAGCGACGCGAGUGCGUACCGUGCGCCCCGGGAUGCGCCAUUUGUGCAACAGCGUCCUGCACAAGUUGCAUCGAUGGAUGGAGCCUGAACCAGGAGGGCCUGUGCGCGCCGGAGCAACGCGAUCGCUGCGACACGUCCGAGUUCUUCGACAAUGGACACUGCAAGCCGUGCCAUACAUCGUGCAAGACCUGCGCCGGAUCUACCAAAGACAACUGCAUCUCCUGUCAGGGCUCGUUGCUGCUGCAGGGAAGGCGUUGCGUGUACCAGUGCGACGAAGGAUAUUAUUCCAUGGCGCAGCCCUCGAGACCGGUUUGCGUGCCAUGUUUACACACUUGCAAGACAUGCGUGUCGCGAUUAAACUGUACCGCUUGCCAGGACGGGCUGCAGCUGCAGAGCGGCGAGUGCAGGUCGUCCUGUGCUCAGGGGUAUUAUAGCGAUAGAGGUCAAUGUGCCAAAUGUUAUCUAUCCUGUAACACGUGUUCCGGGCCCAGGCGUGACCAGUGCGUGACAUGUCCCCGCGGCUGGCAGCUGGCAGCCGGGGAAUGCCACCCAGAGUGCCCCGAAGGAUUCUUCAAGUCCAACUUCGGCUGUCAGAAGUGUCACCACUAUUGCCGCACCUGCAAAGGUGAAGGACCUCUCGAAUGCACUUCCUGUCCCCCGCACUCGAUGCUAGAGGGGGGCCUGUGCAUGGAGUGUCUCGGUGCGCAGUACUACGAUCCCCUAACGCAGCUCUGCAAGAACUGCCACGUGGACUGUCGAAGAUGCACAGGGCCCGGGAAAUUCAGUUGCGCGGCCUGUUCGCCGCCAUUACAUCUAGACAAAUUGAACAAUCAGUGCGUGCCAUGCUGCACUGGCAACGAGAAGGGACCGCAGGCUGAGGAGUGCUGCCUCUGCGACCCAGACACCGGUGGCUGCAGGAACAGCUCUCCGGCUGGCAAAAGAAGAGUACCCGGCACGGAGUUUGCCUCCGCCGACUCGUCCAUUUCGGAGGUGUACGCUAAUUACGAGGGAACCAUGAACAACAGGAGCGACACCACCACGCUGCCCAUCACCGUGAUAGCCGUGGCCGUUUGUCUAGUGUCGGUCGCUUUGUUCGCCACCAUAUUCAUCGCACUUCAGGCAAUGUCGAACAGAAGAGAAGCGAACAAGGGUUACACGCAGCUGGCGAUGAGGGUGGAGCCUCCGGACGACGUUGACGCGGACGACACGACGGAGCUGAUGACCUAGACCCAUUAAUCAAGCCAACUAAUGACAGGACCUCUCGUCGAAGAGUUUGAUGAAGGUCGACCAGUCCUCGAUCACCGGACCGAUCGAUGCGUUAUUUGCGUGUGGCAUUAGAAACCGUGAGCGUUCACCGAAAGUUUUCGCAAGAGAAGCAGAAGAACCAUCAGAAGGCGAAGCAGAAGGAGAAGAACAUGAAGAAAGAGAAAUAGGCGUUGAACCAACUAGAAGAAGCGAGAAAGAUCGGUCGGCGCUUCCGGUCCGAAACGGUCCGAGUCAGAAGAACAAAAACCCAACAAAAAAAAAAAGAAAUAGAAACGAACAAAACGUCUACAGAAUAAUUCGAAGAAGGGGGGAGGAAUAUUUGUCCGAGACGAAUGAAAGUGGUGACGAAAAGAGACAGAGGGUAGGAACAAAAGUAACACACGAGAUAUAAAAUUCAUUGGAGAAACGUGAUAGUAAAGACAGUUUUUUUGGCGCACUGUACGAGGGGGGAUGAAAGUGUGGCGAUUAUUCACUCCGUUGACAGUGUGCGGGUCUCUGCGUGUACGUUCGUGUGAAUGAACGAAAGAUGUCUCUAGGUACAAGAUUUUUUUAAAACCGGUCAGGCGCGCAUCGUUGAUUCUUUCGAGUGCGCAUUUACAUGUAACGAACUGUGCGUCGACGCUAUGCCGAAAUCACUAUGCGAACCGAGCGUGUACCAGUUACGAGCGAGAAGGGUAACGGACAUUAUAAAGUGCCUGAUUUACAACGCCCUCAUGGCCGCGCUUCUGUCCGCCCAUUUUCGGUGCCCUCUAUCAUGAGAUCGCCUCGCCUAAAUCACACCCAUUCGACGCUAACAAAUCAAUUUCAAACUCAUCUUUGAUACGUCUGCUGACCAUGCACGUUGUUCGUUCCUGAAGAUCUAGCAACCAUUUAAAAAGGGGGUGAACCGGAUGUGAUCCGUGGAAAAAUUUGUAGAGCUUAAAUUUACAAUUAUUUCUCCCGAUUCUCGAUAUUAGAUGAAUACAAUUAUGACAUAUAAUUGAAUAUAAUUAUGAUUGUAACCCUUUGCAGAGCCCGGAAUUGUUUUAAAAGGUUUUGUUAGAAAACAAAAUCACAGCUGUGAUCGAAGUUAUGCAUUUAUUAUUAGCAUUAUUCAAUUCUUGUACCGUUCAAUCGCUAGAAUUUUCGUUCAAUCUCUAAUCGUACUAUAUAUGUUUCAACCCCUUUCUUCGCGUUAUACAUAUUUUGUUCGAACUUGAAUAAAUAUUGAGCUAUGGAGGGUAAGUUGACCUAGGAGAAUAAUAAAUUAUUGAAUUUAAGAGGGAAAGUCGGUUCUAAUGAAUAAUGACUACCGACUUGUAAGGGGUUAACUAACAAAGGACGGACACUUUAAGAUCGUCUAUAGAUACAUGGACCAGUCGUAUAUUAAAGUAUUCAUUAGGGGCCGCCAUAAAGUGGCGAUUGAGAAAUUACGCUGAUAGAGGGGCGGAAAUAGGAAGGCGGAAGUAGCUGAACCGAAAAGCUUAAAGGCAAACGGGACAGUUGACGGUGUAGACUAAACUGGGAACAUUUUUCUCACACUUGAAAAGGAAAGGACAGAAAGAGGGAGAAAGGGAGAGAGAAAUGUUUGUACAGCUUCGUUCCAGCGCAACGAACUAACUCGACAACCCUUGAAGACUCGAAAGAAAGAUAGAGAACGAGAAAGAGAGAGAGAGAGAGAGAGAGAGAGAGCGUGUAUGAGAGAGAGAGAGAGAGAGAGAGAAAAGGGAGAGAGAAUUGAUUUUGUCGAUGAUCCGACAUACCGUGUAUCCAGUCAUUCCGUUAUUUUCAGCCAGUCGACAGUGAAUGUGCAUUUUUAUAACUGUGUUGUUGUUAUUGCUGCAUUGUCUAUGCGUUUUGUUUUAUUUAGUGAACUACGUGUUUUUCGCGUUGCUCCUGCUUCAUUCGUAUUCGUUUGUUUAGAGAAGCGAAGAUUUAAGAAAAUAAACAUGAAUCUAUAAUAGGGUUUAGAAAACGAAGAAAAAAAAUAAAUGAAACCUUGUUCGUAUCGCACGAGAAUCAGAGAGAUUGCGGAAGCGAGAAACAGAGAGAGAGAGAGAGGGGCAGAGAAAGAGAGGGAGAGAGAGAGAGUGAGAGAGAGAGAGAGAGAGAGGGGGGAGAUAAAGGAAGAUGAGUAUACAGUGGAAAGAUGAAAUGUAUUCUAACGCGAUGAACACACGAAAGCAGUCCUCGGUAAAUCGGUAACUUUAAAUAGCUACUGUCCGCGCCUACCGUGUGAAUAUUGAAUUUCUCCUCGUGAUUUGAUAUAAAGCUAUUAUUGUACUUUUAUGAUGGACGCGAUUAUAAAUAUAUACAUAUAUACAUAUAUAUCUAUAUACACACAUACUCAGGCGUUUAAAUAUAUUCUGAGUUCGUGUUCCCAA